AUGGUCGCCCCACGUCUAUCUAAUUUAGUCUCGUCUUUCAAUUGCGAAAAAAGCUAUGUUCAAGCAUUAUUCGAAGCCCCCAUUUACAUACCUUCGCAAUCUACCAGAUGGGUCAACUCCAGUGCGGAUAUCGAUACCAAACGAAUUGGAGACUUCGAAGCAUACGUUCUCCAAAACUUCAAGAAUGGGAACUACCGUCUUGCAGCCGAAGAAUUAAACUCACACUUUCUCCAGAACUACAAGUUUCUGAAGAAAGAAGAGAUUGAUGAAAUCAGUCACGUUGAAAAUGAAGCUGUCGAGGUCCUUCAAGAGACUUUACACCUUGUUCGAGAUUCCCACGAGUUGAUCGAAAGUAUCCAGUUUCGUCUGCGUCAGCCUCAACUCUCACGAACGGAACGUGAAGACUUUGAGGAGCAGUUAAAAAGUGCAAAUACUUCAUUGAAAGCGCGUCAGGAGAUUUUUAAUACCAUGGUCCAAAAUGUUGGAUUCAUCACUGCAUUUAUCAAGCAUCAUACGGAUAUCCUUGUCAAAUACCAACUAGCUCCUUCAACCUAG